CGCUGGCGGCGCUGCCGAGCCCUGCAUCCCGCUCUGCCAAAAGAUGUGAAAAUGGCGGAGCUACAAAUGCUUCUGGAAGAGGAGAUUCCAGCAGGACGAGGCGCUCUUCUAGACAGCUUCACCAACUUGGAAAGAGUAGCAGAAUACUGCGAAAGCAACUAUGUCCAGUCUCCAGACAAGCAGAGGGCGCUGGAGGAGACCAAGAACUACACUACCCAGUCCCUGGCCAGCGUGGCCUACCUGAUCAACACGCUGGCCAACAAUGUGCUGCAAAUGCUCGACAUCCAGGCGUCGCAGCUGCGCCGCAUGGAGUCCUCCAUCAAUCACAUCUCGCAGACGGUGGACAUCCACAAAGAGAAAGUAGCGCGGCGAGAGAUCGGCAUCCUCACCACCAACAAGAACACCUCCCGCACGCACAAGAUCAUCGCCCCGGCGAACCCCGAGAGGCCCGUCCGCUACAUCCGCAAACCCGUCGACUACAGCUUGCUGGACGACAUGGGCCACGGAGUCAAGUGGUUGCAAAGGUUUAAGGCCAGCGCUCAAAACAUGAAAACCGGAGGAGGCGCCCUCCCUCGCACCAACCCCCCCACACAGAAGCCCCCCAGUCCGCCUAUGUCAGGGAAAGGGACCCUUGGGCGCCACUCCCCCUUCCGGACACUCGAGCCGGUGCGUCCUCCCGUUGUCCCUAACGACUACGUCUCGAGCCCGACGCGCAACACGGCGCCCCCCCAGCAGAGCCCCGCACGCACUGCAUCCGUUAAUCAGAGGAACCGCACGUACAGCAGCAGUGGGAGCAGCGGAGGAAGCCACCCCAGCAGCAGUCGCAGCAGCAGCCGAGAGAACAGCGGCAGUGGUAGCGUGGGCGUGCCCAUCGCCGUGCCGACGCCUGCCCCGCCCUCAGUAUUCCCAGGUUCAGCCCCUCUCCCACCUAACACGGCCAAAUCUCCCCCUAACACUGCCACCACCCCCGGGCCACCUCCUUCUGUCCUAGACGGCCCACAACAGGCCCCUAACCCCUCUGUAGAGAUCCCGCCUGUGCCCCCACCCCCUCCUCAGCUCCCUGCCUCCAUGGCCCCCUCAGGCACCGGCCCCGCUUCUUAUGGCAACCCCGCACAAGGUGCGCCUCAGUUCUACAGCAUGAACCGCCCGGCGCAGCAGCAGCCCCAGAACCCCCAGGUCGGGGGGUCCCUGCCGUUCCGCCGGCCCUCGUCGGUCACGGGCCAGCCCAACACGGCCCACCACAACCAGAGCCAGCUGAACGGGGGGCCGCACUUCGCCCAGAACCAAGCAGGCCCACACGCGCCCCUCCCCCCAUCCAUGCAGAUCACCCCCCAGCUGCCUCUCAUGGGUUUUGUGGCCCGAGUUCAGGAGACUAUUUCAGACGUGCCGCCGCCGCCUCCGCCCGCCGACGAGCCGGUGUUUGAAGAGCCCACCCCACCCCCGCCUCCGCCCGAGGACUAUGAGGAUGACGAGGAGGAAGAGGAUUCGGCGGUGGUGGAGUACACCGACCCCUACGCUGAGGAAGACCCACCAUGGGCCCCACGCAGCUAUCUGGAGAAAGUGGUGGCCAUUUACGACUACACCCGCGACAAAGAAGACGAGCUGUCCUUCCAGGAGGGCGCCAUCAUCUACGUGAUCAAGAAGAACGACGACGGCUGGUUUGAGGGAGUGAUGAACGGGACCACGGGUCUCUUCCCCGGUAACUAUGUGGAAUCCAUCAUGCACUACACCGAUUGAGCAGCCCUCCUCUGAUCGGAGCGGGCGGAGACUUGGAUCAGACGGAGCAUGACCUCCAUCCGAGCGAAACCGUUCUAAAGCACACGACAAACUGAGGUCAUUCUUUCGACAUAGUUGUCGCCAUUGUAAAACAACCACUGCUCUAGAUAUCUCCUCCCUUGUAAUGUUUCUUUCUUUAUUUGACCAAGCAGGAGCGUUGUUAAGUUAUGAAGCCACUACAUUUUUUUUUAUUUUCGUUUUGUUGUCGUUUACCAAUUGGCCCUUACUUUAAACAAUAUUUAUUUGUAGUCGAAGAAAGGGCUGGAGGAAAAUGCCUUCAUGUGUAGAUUUCUCCUCAACACGCCAGAGACAACAAGAUCCUCAGUAAGUGGGGGGCGGGGGGGUUUGGGUUUCCAGAUGUCCAGUCGGGUACCUCAAGGACGGUGCCAAAGCUGAGCAAGACGAGCACACAGGAUGUCUCAGUGCGACAUCUGUAGGCAAACGAGUGCUUUAAGGUCAGAGUUCGGAUCAUUUUCUGCAAAGUUUUAUUUGGCGAAACGCAACGUUUCAGGCAGUCGGGUCGAUUCGUGCUUCACUUCGCAACCCGGCGUGCGAUCUCCGAAGAGAAGGAAUCCUCAUCCAGCCCUGGAAGAACACGUGUUUUUGGAAGGGGAGCAUUUAUUUUUCUUUUAUUUUUCUCCUUUUUUUUCAUGGUUUUGCUUGCAGAGUGUCAGACUGCAUGUUUUCUUUCCUAUUGAUUACCGUCUUAAUAUUUUCAGAUAUGGUGUGGUUUGGUUUUUCUAUAUUCGCCCUCUUACGCAGACGACGACGUCAUCUCUCGGUCAUUUCUCGGUCAUCUCUCAGACGCUUGUGCCAUAUUGAAGUGUGUGUUGCUGUUCAGAGGUUAUCUAUCACUUCAUUCGCAAUAAAACUCGCCGGUGGAGGUUCGAGGGACUGGUACUGAAAUGCAAAACUUUCUCAGCUUCUGCCCCCGAGUCGUUUCAAAUCAAAAGCACAUACGUUUGUAAUAAAACAGAAAAAAAAAGUGUAGAAGAAGAAAUAAUCUAACUGUGAGAUGUGUUAUGUCCUCACAAAGGGACUUGUUGAAUAUGAAAAGAAGCCAGCUGUCAUGUUGAAAUGGUUUUAGCGGCCAUACUGAGCAAAAAAAAAAAUAAAAUAAAAUUCACUUGUCCUCCGUAUAGUUCAAUGCGCUUGGCCGUUGGGUGUUUCCACCAUGUCAGAAUCUUUAUUUUUUAUUUUAAAUGGAGAAAAAAAAAACUGAAAUAAGUGGGUCUGUAUGUGAGUCUUGCAUGCCAUUGUUCUUAUCUGUAAACCUACAUGGCGAGAUUUCUAAGAAAAAGACGAGCCGCCCUGACCAGAAACGACCAACCUCAUCCAAAGAGACUGUCUAACUUCAAGCCCACGUCCGAGGAGUCGCUCUCCGAAACUGAAAGUAGCCGUCAUUACGUCACCCGUGGACCAUUAUGUACAAGCUGCUAGUGAAUCCAGCAGGCGGGAUAUUUACGCAACACUACAUAGAUGACACUAAACGGUCAAAACUUACAUGCAAGGCCUUUGGCCUGCAGGAUUCACAACCUUCUGGAGUCACGGAUGUCCCUUAGGAUGUCAGGUUAACAGUCCAUAAUGCCAUUGUGUUGCACAGUCAAAGUUGAAUUGCAGAAGUAUCAUAUUUGUAAAAUCAUGAGAACAAAGACAAUAAAGUUAUUAAGAUUUA